UCUUGUGAUGAUAUAUCAUCAUUUGUGUGCUGUCAUGUUGCUGUGUGCUGUUGAUUUGGCCGGUUUGAAAUGGAUCUGAAGCUUUCCCCUAAUUCAUGUUAGUAGUAUCUAAGCAUCCCAAUGGAAAUAAGAACACCAUUUGAACUGUUACAUUUCAUCCAACAAUGCAUCAUAACCUUUUGAUGGUGGGUAGUGCUAAGAAAUCAAAGUCAGAUCCAAACAGAAAUCAAAUGUGAAUGUUAGAUCUGAGAAAACCCAGGUAGUGCUAUCCAAACAAACUGUUAUCAAUACUAAUUCUUCAAAUCAAAAUGAAAUCUUCCAUCAUCAAGUUAAACCAUAAUGUAUGUUGCAGAAACAUAUCCAAACAGAAGGUUUUUGAUAUACUUAUCCCAAACACAACUAUCAUAAUACUUGAUUUGAUCAACUUGAAAAGAUGAAAUCAAUUCGUGUUGAUGGGGCCUCAAAUCCUGCUGUAUGAUAUGACUGUCUUCAUCACCUCCAAAAACCCCAGAUCCAUCAAAAGUUCAAGAUACCAUAAUCCACUUCAGUAUCAGAACAACUUAUCAAAGAUGGCACAAUCCCUUUAUUUGAAACUUGAGUAUAAAUUUAUCAUCAGUGAGUCCAAAACUAAACCAAAAACCACCAGCUGAGCUCCAGAAAGAUUAAGCUUCAACAACAUUUCAUAAUCACUGCUCCACCUAACACAUGCUACCUCAGUAUCCC